AUGUCCUGGCUUCGCGGCAAUGCUCCCCAACAACCACCACCGCAGCAAGGUGGAUAUUCUAGAUUGCCUCCAGGUGCUGGUGGUGGCAUUCCCAGUGGUCCUCGCGCAGGACGUGAGCAACCGCCGCCCCAGCAGGACAGUCUUGGUGGACUGCUGAAUCGUUGGGGUCCAUCAUAUGGCGAACAAUCGCCUGCGAUGCAAUAUCAAGGAGGACGCGGUGGUGGUGGUAGUUCUCGUACGCACGCGCGGACAUUUAUCGUCAAAUCGUCGCCCACAGAUGCAGAUUCACAAAGCAAUCGUCUUCUUUGUCAUCCAAACGACUUUCAAGAGGGCGAACACGUCUUGGUUCAGCAGAGAUAUGCGAUGACCAUCAAACGUGAUAUGUCUGGAAUUCUGCAGCCUGGUCAGGUCGGAUUGUCAAUGGUCCAACGGCAAUGGGCACUAGUCAACGAGAAUGAUUCCAUCUCCAUUUCCAUCAUCGACAUUAGAGAAUUGGGAAAGGAUGUCAUACUUGCCGCCAUCACCAUAGAUCUCGGUUUCAUGCGGGCAAAACGUCAAGUAGACGAUGUCUUUUCAAUCGACGAUCUUUCGGACUUUAUACACAGGCAGUUUGAUAGAAUGAUGUUCUCACCGGAUCAGGUACUCUACUUUGAGUAUCAUGGACACAAGCUCAAAGCGACCGUACGAGCUACGCAAAACGUCGGGGUUGCACCUCGAGAAGGAUAUGGUCAAUUGGACAGCGCUACGGACAUUACCAUUAUGAAGGCAGCAGACAGCGGCAUCAAAUUUAAGAGCAGCGCUAAGAAGCCCCCUCCAAACGCAAUACUUGCGCCUAAUUUCCGCUUCGAGGAUGUUGGUAUUGGUGGUCUCGAUGUCGAGUUUGCUGCCAUUUUCCGUCGUGCAUUUGCAAGCCGCAUGUUCCCUCGUGGUCUUGUUGAGAAGCUCGGCAUCCGACACGUCAAGGGUCUCCUUCUCUAUGGCCCCCCUGGAACAGGAAAGACCCUCAUGGCUCGACAGAUUGGCAAGAUGCUCAAUGCGCGCGAGCCAAAGAUUGUCAACGGACCCGAGAUUUUGAGCAAAUAUGUCGGUGCGAGUGAGGAGAAUGUGCGAAAGCUCUUUGCGGAUGCUGAAAAGGAGGCGAGUACUUUUGGUCGUUUCUACAAGGAGAAAGGGGACGACAGCGAACUGCAUAUCAUUAUCUUUGACGAACUUGAUGCCAUUACGAAACAACGAGGAUCCACCAAUAGUGGAACCGGUGUAGGAGACACAGUCGUCAAUCAGUUGCUAUCUAAGAUGGACGGUGUUGACCAACUCAAUAAUAUUCUCAUUAUCGGUAUGACCAACAGAAAGGACAUGAUAGAUGAAGCCUUGCUACGCCCGGGACGUUUGGAGGUGCAUGUCGAGAUCUCGCUACCAGACGAAUCUGGCCGACUGCAAAUCUUGAAGAUUCAUACCGCCAAAAUGACCAAGGAAGGUGUCAUGGCGGAGGAUGUCAGCCUCCCAGACCUCGCCAGUAAGACGAAGAACUUUAGCGGUGCCGAAAUCGAGGGUCUGGUCGGAACGACUGCCGGGAUAUCCGAUGACAUUGACCAACUUCGCGUUACCAAACAAGACUUUGAACUUGGAUUGACCGAAGUUCAACCCGCGUUCGGUGUCUCAGAAGAAGAAUUCGCUGGACUUGCCCUGAAUGGAAUCAUUGGCUUUGACGAAUCGAUCGAGUCGAUCAAACAAAACGCCAGGCUGCUUGUGGAGCAGGUGCGCACCUCGGAGAAGACGCCACUGGUGUCUGUUCUGUUGCAUGGAUUACCGGGAACCGGCAAGACGGCGCUUGCAGCCCAUAUCGCUCAAAACUCUGAGUAUCCGUUUAUCAAAUUGGUCACACCCGAGAAGAUGGUUGGGUACUCUGAGCAGCAAAAGGUGCAAGCGAUCCACAAGAUCUUCAACGACAGCUACAAGUCGCCGCUGAGUGUAAUUGUGGUGGACAAUAUUGAGCGUCUCAUCGACUGGGCUAAAAUCGGAUCUCGCUUCUCCAACGCAGUGGUGCAGACGCUCAUGGUCCUCAUGACGCGGCGACCACCUAUGGGCCGAAAGCUUCUGGUUCUGGCCACGACGUCGAAUCGGGCCAUGGUAGAAGAGUUGGAAAUGGCCGAGCUCUUUGACAGUGAGAUGCGGGUGGGCCCCGUGUCCAGUUUACGGGGGGUCGAGGUUGUGCUCGAGUCUGUGGACGCACUGGAGAAUCCACAGGAACGUCGGCAAGUUAUGCAAGAUAUCGAAGACGCGUUCCGGCCACGGACGAGGGAGGAGCAGGCACUGUAUGGGGCGACAAAGCUGAGCAUUGGUGUCAAGAAGCUGAUAAAUCUGGCGGAGAUGGCAAAGCUGGAUCCUGGACAGGUUGGGGCGCGCCUGGUGUCAUCUCUGAUCGAGCAGGCAGGAGGGGGCGCAAGCAAGCCACCGGCGCGACGACGAGUGGCAGAGGGGGAACCAGAGAGUCCAGGAUACUAUGGGAUCAGCAUGUAG